UCUAUAACACAACUCGGUGUUUCUGUAAUGUAGAGAACAUGACACUAAAACUGGUGUCAAAAGUUGCAGUCUAAAAUGGCCAUGUGUGGGUCAGCCAAGAGAACCCACAGACUUCAGUUUCGAACCGUACUGUGGCUCAUAGUGCUCUUGUACAUCUGUACCUUCUGCGUCAUUCUUCCGCUCUCUUGCUGGAACCGACCAUUCUCCCGCUUCUAUCUGAAGUCUAGCCGCACCGUUGAGGGAGCCAUAUUGAAUGACGUCACCCAAGGUCAAAGGGCAGAUGAUUAUUUUGAGCGUCUCGAUUCAGAAUCGUCGCUUGCGUUCCACACCAAACCUCUGGUGCAGAGGCAGCAGAACCCGCCCAAGUACGCCAUCGGGGUCAUCACUGUCAAGCGAAAAUCGUCACACUAUAAGAAGUACGACCCCAGAUAUCUGACCCGAGUCGUUGCCGAGUUCGACAGAUUACUGAAGGAAGUUGAGCGGAGAGACGUUGUGUUACUCGUAUGCAACGCGGAGAGCGUGCCAGGCCACCACAAGGAGGCAGAACGUCUCGCGAAAUACGUGCACGUCGUGAGCAAGAGAGGACACGACCCACACCCGUCUGAUGACGCCCGCGAACAGGAAAAACGCGACUACGUCUUCUGCAUGAGUCAGAUGGAGACCUUCAACGCAGAGUACACCAUACUGGUUCAGGACGAUGCCUUGCCCUACCCACAAUUCUUAGCGUCCCUGGAUCGGCUCCUGGACACCCGCGUCGAAAAUAAGAUGAUACGUGGUAGGCUGGUGCCGAACCCGGAAACUUGGGCGGCGGUGAAAUUUUACUUCCCUGAAAAGUGGCAGGGGUACGGAAACGAAGCCUUCCUCAUCACUGAAUUAUUAUCGGCCGCCAUUUUUGGAGGCGGAAUUUUACACGGACUUUUAAGACUCCUCGUUGGCUCGGAUCUCAACUGGAUUCAAACUUUCUGUAUUUUUACCCUCUUGUGCAUUUUUUGUGGUGCUUUAAUGUUCGUUAUUGGACGGCCGUACUUAUUGAUGCUACGUCGGCUUUCGGUCGAUUUGUACUCGAUGCGCGGCGCUCCCGAGUGUUGCAUACCCGCUGUCCUGUACAGGACUCAAUCGCUACCUCGCAUCCGGGAGCAUCUCGGGGGCAUCACAUGCAGUAAUAAGCGCCCCCUCGAUAUUGAAAUCAGUCGGUGUUUACACAGUGUCGGGGUGAGGCAGUAUCUUGUCAUGCCGAAUUUGUUCAACCACAUUGGCAUGGUUUCAUCUUUACACAAUGAUGUUAACAGUCCGCACUCAUUUCUGGGUUGAAUGCAUGGCCUUGAAAAACAUGUGAUGUAGUCUACUGGAUCCCUAAAAAAUGCCACACGCAAAACAUCAUUACCCUUUUUUUUUAGAAAGUGGACGCAGUAGAAGGGUAAAAAAAUGCUUAAGGGUGACAAGGUGGCACCCGUCGGAAUAUUGAUCUGAAAGGUCCAAAUGACAAGAAAAUGCAAAAGGGGAAUUCCACGGUUACUCACGUUACAUUUUUGAUGUACUUUUGAGUUUCCUUGGGCUGUAAUUACCUUACUAAAAAGGUUUAAUAACUGUAAUCCCCAUGAUAGAUAGCGUAGACCUAGACCUACCUAAGCACUAAAGAUGACGUCCAGAAAAAUUGUGUUAUGUAUAAACA